AUGCAAGUCAUACGAUUGAAUAAGAAGAUUUUCUCAAGACUUCUGAUAACAAGAUGGACAAGAAGAAAAUAUAUCCUAAUUUUUUUCGUAAUAUUCUUAUGUUUUCUUUCAAGUUUUUAUACAAUCAUACUCGUAAGAUCUAGUACGAUACUAAGUACUCAUAAGAGUAACCUUUCAUACGUGGUGGUGCAUUUGGAUUUCAAGAGAACUCCAUUAAAAUUGGAUUAUCUGAAACGGCUGCUAUAUGAGUUAAAGAAUCAUGGUGCAACUGCGCUUUUGCUAGAAUAUGAAGAUAUGUUUCCGUACGAGGGAGAGCUGAUUAGUUUGAGAAGCAAACAUUAUUAUACCAAAAAAGAGCUUAAACAAUUUCUAGAACAUUCAAAUGCAUUGGGUCUAGAGAUAAUUCCACUAAUCCAAACCUUUGGUCACCUCGAAUUUGUAUUGAAGCACAACAAAUUUAGACACCUCAGAGAAAACUUUGCGUACAUUGACUCGCUUUGCCCCAGCAAGAAGGAAAGUAGAAGAUUAAUCAAAAACUUGCUGUUUCAGGUUAUAGAGUUCCAUAAAAGCAUUACUCCAUUAAAACACUUUCACGUUGGUUGCGACGAAGUGUACAAUAUGAAUUCUUGUAAAAAUUGUGUGGAACGAAAUCUAACCAAGUUAGAAAUCUACUUGGACCACAUUCAAACAGUCACUAACAUGGUGAAGGACUUUUCUCCAGGAACGACCGUACUUAUAUGGGAUGAUAUGCUUAGAACAGUAUCACUUACUAAUUGGAACAUCAAUACUAAUAUUCCAGUAGAACUGGUUUAUUGGAACUACGAAAAAUCCUUUCAAGUAUCGCAUGUUAACCUUAUGAAAUAUCAUAAAACAUUUCCAAACAUUUGGAUCGCAACAGCAUACAAGGGCGCUGAUGGUAUUGAAAGUGUUCUUCCGAACGUUGAAAAAAGAUUCUUGAACCAUUUUACUUGGCUGCAAGAAAUUUAUGACUAUACAUUUGGAGGUGAGAAAGAAGUGUUUAAUUUCAAAGGCAUUAUUUUAACAGGCUGGUCCAGAUACUUUCACUUAGCGCCGUCUUGCGAUCUUUUACCUGCGUCAAUACCAAGUCUCAUAUUAAAUUUGUUAUUAGUCAAAGAUUUCAUCACAGGUGAUUUCACGAGUGCUGUAAAAACUAAAUGGUUCUUUAAAUUAAAUGAUCCAUCUGGUUACUUUCAUGAAUAUUUGAAUCAUAAACUGGAAAAGUCACUUCAGUGUGAAAGUGUCGAGGUUUCAUUUAGUAACUUUAAUAAUAAACUAGUAGAUUUUGAUAAUUUACUUCUUAGUAACUGCAAUUUUGAAGAAUGGAAAUUUUACGAACAUUUGAAGCAAUAUUUAGAACUUAAUUCCAAUGUUGUUACCUCACACAAAGUAUCAAAGUACAUACAGAGAAAUAAAGUCAUUAAUGGAGAAAAUGAAAGUAGUUGGUGCAAAGAUGUUUCGAACCAAGUAAUUGAAAUAAACGCUUCAUUAACAAAUACCAUGAAUAAGUACUAUGAAACUGACUUUAUUGUUGAAUAUGUUUCUGAUAAAAUAUCGUAUCUAACGAAAACUAUUGUAAAAAGCUGUGGUAUUUUAUAUAACACCUAAGUUAGGGCUUUUAUUAUUUAUUUCAAUAAGUAUGCUUUUUUUACUGUAUUUUGAUGUGUAUUGCUGAUGUUUUUUAGAUGA